UCUAGGGAGGGUUGAGGGAGGCUGAUCUGCUGCAAGGGCAGACCGCUGGGAAGGGAGAAACGGCCCACGUGGAACGGUUGCCCGGUGGAAACCUCUCUACGCUAUUAGAUUGCAUCCAGUACAGCAGAUGGCACGAGCGCGUGCGGCGCUCAGCUUAGGCUCUCGGAGGCAGCUGAGCUGGAAAUCCCGACGGAAGGCACCCAUAGGCUCCCACUCUGCGCUGGCCCACCCGCGUGCACGCCCGCCCCCCCACUGGCGUCCCGCUCGUCUUGGCUCAGACGCGGACAGAUGUUUACUGCUUAGAGCCGCCAGGCCGGACGCUGAACCGCACGGAAGCCUCUGCGACUCCUGCCUCUAGGAGUGCUUCAGCCAGCUCCAAGGAAUCUGCGCAGCGGGACCCUCUGGGUUUUGCGUCCUCGCCUGGGGAAGCAACCUUGGCGGUACCACAGAGGUUACAAAGUUGGCGGGGGCGAAAAAGAACUUCUCCGUCAGUCACCUGCUAGACCUGGAGGAAGCCGGGGACAUGGUGGCGGCACAGGCAGACGAGAACGUGGGCGAGGCUGGCCGGAGCCUGCUGGAGUCGCCGGGACUCACCAGCGGCAGCGACACCCCGCAGCAGGACAUGUAUUGUAUUCCAGCUGAUCAGCUGAACUCAGAGGAAAAAAAGAAGAGAAAGCAGCGAAGGAAUAGGACAACCUUCAACAGCAGCCAGCUGCAGGCUUUGGAGCGUGUCUUUGAGCGGACACACUAUCCUGAUGCUUUUGUGCGAGAAGACCUUGCCCGCCGGGUGAACCUCACUGAGGCCAGAGUGCAGGUAUGGUUUCAGAACCGAAGAGCCAAGUUCCGCAGGAAUGAGAGAGCCAUGCUAGCCAAUAAAAAUGCUUCCCUCCUCAAAUCCUACUCAGGAGACGUGACUGCUGUGGAGCAGCCCAUCGUACCUCGUCCUGCUCCGAGACCCACCGACUAUCUCUCCUGGGGGACAGCGUCUCCGUACAGCGCCAUGGCUACUUAUUCUGCCACAUGUGCCAACAAUAGCCCUGCACAGGGCAUCAACAUGGCCAACAGCAUUGCCAACCUGAGACUGAAGGCCAAGGAAUAUAGUUUACAGAGGAACCAGGUGCCAACAGUCAACUGAGGAAAAAAAUAAUUAAACAGGCCUAAGAAGAAAUCAAAAACCAUAAGACACCUAUCCCGCUCUGUUAUUUCUUCAUCUGCUGGGGAAAAAAAAGUAAAUCACAAACAAACAAAAAACAGAACUAAAACAUUGGGACCAUGGCAGAGAAAAGCAGGAGAGGAGCAAAAUGAAAAUUAGUUAACAAAUGUUCUUCCUCCCUCUGGGAUACCACCACCACUUGUUUCUGUGUGUGUUUAUUUUGUUUUUCUUUCUAUUCAUGCUUUGCUUAAUAUACUCCAAGCUUCUUCAGCUAGGUUCAGCCCACCCACCCCCAUGAUUGUAUGAAGUUAUUUUAAAAACUACAGCAGCCAAAGAAACCAUGUAUAUAUAUAUAUAAAUAUCCAGAAUGAUUGCCUCUAGUCUCUUCAUUGACUUGUUUGAAGCUGAGUGCCUCACCUGUCAUCUUCCCAGUUCUCUUCAUAGAAGCUCUAGGAGCUUUUGAAAAGCCAAAGUCUUUCUGAAGAAUCUGUACCAGACAAACAUAAUUCCCUUUCUCAUUGUCCCCAUCUUUGUUGGUCAUGGUAAGGUUUUCCCAUCAGCCUCUGAAAAAAGUGUUGUGCACAACAUCUGGUCACUGGACUGUCUGAACCAAUGAAAUUGGCUGUGUCUGGCAAAUUCUAAGUACUAAGCUCUACAUCUAAGCUAUAUAUUUAUGCUUGAAGCUAUAGAUUAUAUCACUAUCACCACCACCCCUCACCCCACACAAUCAAUCAAUUAUCUUUAAAGAUAUUUGUUGUUUUUAAAUGAUUUGCUAUCACAGACCAUUUGGUAGAAGAAAUAUUUUUCACAUGAGAGAGGAAGAGAAAUUUCUCUAGAAACACAAAGAGUGAGUCGUAAAAGCCAUGCCUACAUCUCUUUGGUGCCUUGAGGAUAGUGAGAUGCAUAGUUAUAUAUAUGUACUGUAUAUAUUUAUAUAUAUAUAUGAAUGUAUAUAUAUAUAAAAUAUUGCAAGCUUGAGUUUCCAAUUUCCCAAACAAUACAAAAAACAAAUUACACACCAUCACCACUGUUCUUAUCUCUAUAGUGAUGAGACAUUAAUUAGGAAUCCUGCUGUUUUUCUUUUUCUACACAAAUUUCUCAUUAAAGCCAGAGAAUGAUUGAUACGGCAGCUGUUUGAGGACAGGUCUCAUUUUCACAUGAGGGCUUUAAAUGAAUUAGAAACUAUUUGAGGCUAUAAAAAUGUCCUUGAGUUUGGAGCCUGCGCUCUGGUGAAAUGCUGAUACAUCUGAUCUAUCAUGGGAAUUGCAAUUAGCGAGAGGAGGGAAAACCAUUUAGUCAUCUACCCUUUCUUCACUCAACAGGAAUAUGAAAGACACAUGUUUUAGUGGAAUACCUAAAGGUUUUCCUAAAUUCCAACAUUUAAAAGGCAAUUGUGGGCUAUUUUUAUUUUUUAAUAUUUUGAAAUAAAGUUUAGUGUCUAGGGCUGGGAGCCAGGACUGAUCUUUCAUUUCUUUUUCUUUGUUCCCAGCCAUGCUUUUGUAACUUGCCAGAUGGACUUGACCAACUACAUUACUACCAUGCUGUGCCUCAGUUUACCCAUUUGUAAAAUGGGAUUAACAAUACUUACCUACCUCACAGGGGUGUUGUGAGGCUCUAUGCAUUUGCUCCUUUAUUCUUUCCUGUAUUCUCUGUAUGUCCAGCACUUUGUAGCCAUGGGAGGAAAGGGACUAUAAAAGUGUCCAAUGUUAAAAGGAAUGAUACGGUACCUGGAAGCCUUGUUUUCUAGUAAGGAAAUGCUACCUUGCUGUACAUACUUAUAACCUUGUAUUUGGAAAUGAGAAAUAGGUUUAUAUUUUCAGAUCUCUCAAAAAUCACAUCAUUUGACCAAAGAAUAAUUUAAGACACAUAGAACAGAAUAUUUUUAAUUUAUAUUUUCAUCCUGACCAGCUUAGUUCUGAUAACUUUCAGUUGUGAGUAAUUAAAAAACUUUGGAUCAAUUUUGGUCAAAUAUGCCAACUUUGGACUCUGAGUGACAGACAAGGAUUUUUGGGUUUAAGAUGCACUUUUAGCACAUAUUAGUAUUUCCCUUGGCAUAUCAGAUUGAGCUAAGGGUGAUGUUAUUUCAGUCUAACAGCCACCAAUCUGAAAGUGUAUUUUAAAUGUUGAUUCUGCAGUUCUUUAAAUAAUAAUGAAGCUCAUCUUAUACAUUUUGCUUUCACCAAUUGAUUCUCUCUUCUUUUAACCUACUAUUAAAACAUUUCUUAUUGAAUGAUUUAAGUAGGCUUGCUGAACAGCACACGUUACAUGCUUCCUGAAGAGUUUCUACAUUCAUCCAUCUGUCCCAUUAGCUGCUGUGGAGUAUAAUCCAAGAAAAUGGUGAACUUGGGAGGUUUGGAGUUUGGAGAGAAUGGCUAAGAAGAUCUGAAUUAUUGGGAGGGAACAGAAAUCAUACAUGAACAGGUUCUACUGAGAAGGGGGAAAUCUUAGCUAGAGGGACAUGUGAAAUGAAGUCAUUUGAAAUUUUCAUUUGGACAUCCAUUUCCAGUGGUAAACAGCAAAGCCUGAACCCACAAACCCAAAUGAUAGGUGAAAUUGGGGGGUUCUAUCCAAUGUUUCUCGCAAGUGACGUCUGGGAAUAUCACAGAGUAACCAGUGCUGGUCAGCCAAAGUAACAUUCACUGCUGGUGAACCAAUACCACAAGCAUCUAUUAUCUAAGCACUUGAUCAAGAAGUAUACAUGUAGUACAGGCUCUCAAUUUUGUUCAUUUAUUGUUGAUUUUUAAAAAUACAAGUUUGGUAUGUGAUUUGGAGAAGAAGCCAUCUGGAUCUUAAGCCAGUUGUCAGUGGAGGGCUUCAGGGCCACAAACAUCAAGACAUAUCCCUGUUCCUCGCCAUCAUGAUACUAGAUACAGGUGAAUACAUAGGAACUGUCUGUGUCCUCAGUCUCCCUCCACACAAGAUGCUGAUUUGAAGGGUACUUCGCAGGUUAAAUUAAACCAGAAGAGGUGACUUAAUAAAAAAGGGAAUGACAUUUAGGUUAUAAAGAUCUCAUAAGAAAUAUAAUAUGUAAAUUAUAUCUUGCUUUAUGUUGUAAAAUAUACAUUGUUUGCGCUAGAAUAGAAAUGAUUUCUUUUCAAUAAAAAGAAAGAAGGAUAUGA